AUGCAAGCUAUUCGAUCAGGAGGUACAGGCUGGCUGGACGGGGCUGGCCAGGUCAGAUUAAAAAAGACGUAUGUCCUAUCUCGAGCUACAGCAAGGGAAAACCCAGCUUGCUGGGCUGCUAUCCCGGAUGCUGCGCUCUCUAAUUCAAGGAGAGAAAAAGAAAGCAUCGAAGGAAAGAGCAGCAGAAAAGAAGUAAAAAAGAAGUGA